GGAGCGCGGAAGGCUCUUUUCGGGCUUGCCUUCGUGAGCUUCGCAGCGUUUAGGCCUGGUUGCUUUAGCUCACCGCGCCGAGUACCGAAGGCUUGCGGCAGCGGUUGGGCUCUGGAGGCGCCGGCCAGUUUUGCACGGCUGGACGCCACAGGGAGCUAAGACAGACAAGGAUGAAGGCACUGAUCCUAGUGGGGGGCUAUGGCACGCGACUGCGGCCCCUGACCCUCAGCAUCCCCAAGCCGCUGGUCGAAUUCUGUAAUAAGCCCAUCCUGUUGCACCAGGUGGAGGCCUUGGUGAAGGCAGGUGUAAACCAUGUGAUCCUUGCUGUCAGCUAUAUGUCUGAACUGCUGGAAAAAGAGAUGAAAGAACAAGAACAAAGGUUGGGCAUUCACAUUUCCCUGUCGCAUGAGAAGGAACCACUGGGCACAGCUGGCCCCCUGGCCCUUGCACGCGAGCUGUUGACAGACAGUGCAGAACCAUUUUUUGUGCUCAACAGCGAUGUGAUCUGUGACUUCCCCUUCAUAGACAUGAUGCGCUUCCACAGACAUCAUGGGAAAGAGGGCACCAUUGUGGUGACAAAAGUGGAGGAGCCCUCCAAAUAUGGUGUAGUGGUAUGUGAUGCAGAUACUGGAUGUAUACACCGCUUCGUGGAGAAACCUCAGGUUUUUGUCUCCAACAAGAUCAAUGCUGGCAUGUACAUCUUAAACCCAAGUGUGCUAGAGCGGAUCCAGCUGCGGCCUACCUCGAUUGAGAAAGAGAUUUUCCCAGUGAUGGCAGAGCAAGGACAACUGUAUGCCAUGGAACUACAGGGGUUUUGGAUGGACAUCGGGCAGCCCAAAGACUUUCUGACGGGCAUGUGUAUGUAUCUGCAAUCGCUGCGACUGAAGCAGCCUGAGCGGCUUCACUCAGGACCGGGCUUCAUGGGAAAUGUACUAGUGGACCCAACUGCCAAGAUUGGAUCAAACUGCAGUAUUGGUCCAAAUGUCACCAUUGGGGCAGAUGUGGUGGUAGAGGAUGGGGUUCGGAUCAAGCGCUGCACUGUUCUGAAGGGUUCCCGCAUCCGUUCUCAUUCUUGGCUGGAGUCCUGUAUAGUUGGCUGGAGUUCUUCAGUGGGUCAAUGGGUGCGGAUGGAGAAUGUGACAGUGCUGGGUGAGGAUGUCAUUGUGAACGAUGAACUCUACCUCAAUGGUGCCAACGUGCUCCCUCACAAAUCCAUUGCAGAGUCAGUACCGGAGCCACGCAUCAUCAUGUAGCAAUUCCGGGUGUUGAGCGCUGCACCAGCUAAUAAGGCUGUGCCCCUGCCUUGCCCUCUACUUGGGGCAUCCCUGCCCUGUGUGCCUUGACAGAAGGGGCUUGCUGAGUUUUCAACUAAACUUUUCUCUAAAUUAACACUUUGCCCCACUGCUGACCUCCUAUCCCUUUGCUGGGGUCCUGGGAAUACCUUGGGAGCUGGAACACUCUUCAGGAUCAUGCUUGGGAAGAGGGGUAGGGGAGGAGAGCCUGGUACAGCUCCAGCUUUGUCCUGCUGCGCAGAAAUGCCCUGAUUUGGAAAGCUACCCUAAUCAGCAAUGGGGAAAUGAUCUGCUUGUGCAAUAAACUGUAAUACUGUAAUAGUUCUGUUGCUCCCAUGGAACAGGCCCAGGUAGGGCUGGAGAGGUGAAUGAGCAGCAUGCUACUUCACGAUGGUGUUUCUUGCUCCUGCAGCAGUGCUCUUCUCUGGAACUCUACUGCCUUACAGAACUGGACUCCCUUCACUCCAUACAGCCAAUAAUCAAUGCUUAUAUUGUUCAAGAACCUGGGACAGCUUUCUGUCAUGUAAUGAAAACAAAUGAAGUUCUGUUAUAUUGUAA